UUUUUCAUUUGUAUUGUUCCAAAUUAUUUCUCGAACCUUAAAUUGUAUUACAGGCUAAAUUUAGCUAAAUUUAACGUUACAAAUUUUAUUUUGUAAAAAUUGCAACAUGUGCGACUGUAAAUUUAAUAACUUGGACACCGACGUUCCUGAAGCUAAACCUAAAAAGAAAAUCCGGAAGAAGAAAGAGAAAAAUGAUAGAAUUGAUAACACUCCUCCCAAGCUGGAUUUACUGAAUUACGUGCGUAUAGGUUUAUUCAAACAGGAUGUGACAUCUCUACAGCGUAUAACAAAGGAAAACAUUGAGCUGUUGAAGCACAUCAUUGGUCAUAUGUUUGCGGGUGGUACUCUGAACACUUUCAAUAAAGCAGAGGCUUAUGAUAAACAUAAGAAGUUUAAUGUUAGAGUUAAAAAGAUAGAGGAACUACAAAUUCAAAAUAAGAAAAUUGGUAGGCGGAUUAUUUGUGCAAACCCUACGGUUAACACGAAUCUGAAGUCAGCUCUUAGGGAAACAUUCAAAAAGCGAAAAGUUGGUUUGCAGGCUUUCAUGAUAUCUCAUUAUCCUGAGAUAGACUUUGAAAUCUCUGCGUAUACAAGACGGAAGUAUUUUGAGCCAGAGAUAUAUUUUGAGCUGCAGGAAAGAAUUUGUACCAAGACAAGACCGGUUGGGACGAUUAACAUUCGCCUGUUUACUCCAGCAGCACCUCAAGUAGUUCGUGAAUUUCUACGCACAUUUUGGACUAAAGACAACAGUAAAUUGAAAUUUUUGAAAAGUUUUCCUAAAUUGUUCGCUGUGGGCUCUCUAGCUAUGGAACCAGAUUCUAUUGCUGAUCGUAGAAUUGAAUUUACAAUAGAUUGCUUCGACUUUUCGCGCAUGACUGGUAUAAUUGCUUUUCCCGUCAAGUAUAAAACAGGUUUCCCAAAUGGAAUGAUUGAUUUUCGUUUAACUUACACUAAAAUGCCGUUGCUCAAUGGCAGAUACAUCGGUUUUGGAAAAGUCACGAAAGGCUUUGAUCUUUUACAGGCACUACAACAUUUUGGCACUGAUGGUGGAAAAUUCGUGAGACAACUUGUGGUCACUGAUUUUGGCGUAUUCGAUUGAAAAAAUUAUGAAAUCUCAACAGAUAUCAAUGCUGUACUUCAAAUAUAUAUUUUUAGUAUUCUUGGAGUCUUAAAAAAUUAUAGAU